UGCUUGCCAUCAUAUAAAAAUGUCGAUUAGUAGUGACCAACACACACUCUCUCUUCGUCACUGGCUCGAUAUUCGCGGUUUGAUGGCGAUGAAGUCUCUCCUAUAGUCUUAUGUAUAAGAGCGUGCAUAGCUACGGUUCUUCCCUUCGUAGCAGGGGUUUUGAAAUUCACUCUCUGGUGGAGCCACGCGUCGGCAACAAGUUCCGGCUCGGUGGUAAGAUCGGUAACAGAUCGUUCGGAGAGAUCUACCUGGGUUUAUUGCUCACUAACUGAUAUUUGGUUUUUGCUCUAUCCGUUCUGCUUUUAGUUUGAUUCUGAUUGAAGUUUUUCGCUAAUUACUUGCAGGUACUAAUAAUAUUCAGACGAACGAGGAAGUCGCGGUUAAGCUAGUGAGUGGCUCUUCUCCCAGUUGAAUUGACCCUUUUUUUAUCUAGUUUUUGUGCAUUUUAGUAUUUUUUUUUUUUUUUUAGUAUUGUUGUGGUCAACGCAUCGGUAUUUUGUUGAUUUAGAAUUUUGAGUAUCGACUUUUUUGCUUGAAAGAUUACUUAUAAGAGAAAGAUAAGAAGAUCGAUUUUUCGCUUGAGACGUAUAUGUUUUGACCGAGUGAGAUUGAUGAGGGGUGUUUGCUUGGGAAGCAACUGAGGGAAAUAUAGUUUUCUCUUUUGAUGACAUGAAGAAGCUCUGUUUACCGAUUAAGUGGUGACUAGUGAGAAAGGCACGGACCUUACCAGUGGAAGCGUGGAGGGAGAGAAAGUCGUCACGAUAGACCUUGCGGUCCUACUGCAGGUGCUUCGCGAAGAUUUAACCGGGUACCCUGCUUACAAACAAAUCCAUAAUCAACAUAGGUUCCCAGACGGACCCCACCAUGAAGCCUCUCCUAAGGGGGCUAAGGCCGAAAGCUUAAAAAAUCGCAUGCUGCCCGCCUAAUUCUCGAUAAAUGCAGGAGUAAGCCACACCAAUAGUUCAAGGCACAAUUUACAGAAAAAAAAAAUUGAAGCUGAUGCUUGUUGCAACUCCAAGAGAAAAAGAAUAGACAUAAUACCAGCUCGCUACACUUUGAAGAAAAGUUGGCAAGCUUCGAGACCAAGCCUAUAUGUCCCCAGCUUGUUAACGCAUCAGAAGUGAAUUCUCAAGUCAUUCUUAAUCAUAAGCUCCACUGCUCAUAGUCAAGUAGGGUGAUACCAAUGGCCGAGUAUGUUGUUUUGUCCGUGGGGCAGACAAUAGGAAAGCUGCUCAUCGACGAGGCCAAACUCUUGUGGGGCGUGGAGGGCACGGUCAAGGACUUGCAAAAGGAGAUGGAGCUGAUUCAGGGCUUUAUGAGGGAUGCAGACGCGAGACAAGAGCGUGAACAAGCCGUUGGAGUAUGGAUCGCGCAACUCCGAGACAUUGCCUAUGAUGCCGAGGAUGUAAUAGAGAGAUACAUCCUCAGAGUUGCACGGAAGAAGGGACAAAACAUCAUCAAAGCAUAUGCUUGCUUCAUAGCGAAGUGCAUGUGCUUGCAUGUUCAUGUGGUGGGGAGAGAUAUUAAGGGCUUAAAAUCCAGCAUCUCUGAUCUUAGAGCAAAGAUGCAGGUCUAUGGCAUACAACCUGUGAAUGAUAGCGAACGCAAACAGACGAGAGCUUUGAUGCCAGAACGUAGUUAUGCCUAUUUCGAGGAGGAUAUUGUUGGGAGGGAAGAUAGUAUUAAGGUGUUGGUGAAAGCGCUGAAGGAUGGAAAACAUAAUAGAGUUGUUUCUAUAUGGGGAAUGGGUGGUUUGGGUAAGACCACACUUGCUAAAAAAGUCUUCGCUCAUAAUGAAGUGAAGAGCAAUUUCCAUGGUUUCGCUUCGGCUUGCAUAUCUAAAAAUUUCCAUGUGAGAGAGAUCUUGGUGGGAAUUUUUGAAAAGUUGAUCCCUGAUAAAAAAGAAGGGGUUAUGCAUAUGAGAGAGGAAGAAUUGUUCGAAACUUUAUACAAGAUCCAACAAGAGAAGAGAUGUAUCGUGUUUCUUGAUGAUAUUUGGACAAAAGAGGAUUGGAAAGCUAUUCGAGCCGCGUUCCCAAUCAAGAACACGAGAAGCAAGCUAUUGAUAACAACCCGCAAUAGAGAAGUAGCGGAGUAUAUUGAUUCUCAUGGUUUUCUCCAUAAACCUAUGUGCUUAUCAAACCAGGAGAGUUGGAAGCUGCUAAUGAAGAGGGUGUUUCCUGAAACGAAAAGGUUAGAUAUUGGACCUUCUUCCGUUGGACAAGGAGUUGGUCAAGCGACUGUUGUAAGCCAAGCUGUAGAAGGUAUUACAAGACGGUCAGAGACGGAGGGACAAGGACAAGAAAUCACUGAAAACAUGAAGACGUUUGGAGAUGAACUCCUUAGGAAGUGUGGAGGAUUACCCUUGGCUGUCAAAGUGCUUGGUGGACUUCUAGCGGCCAACGAGUGGGAGAAGAUUUAUAGAAACAUCAAUUCAUAUUUAAGCAAUGAUGACGAUCUAUCAAAAGUGUUGGCCUUAAGCUUUGACGAUCUACCAUGGCAUCUAAAGCCAUGCUUCCUCUAUUUGGCUAGCUUUCCAGAGGAUGAAGAAAUCCCUGUAAAAAAGGUUCUUCACAUGUGGAUUGCUGAAGGCUUUGUGUUGCCCACUGCAUAUGGCGGAGGGGGAGAAAUUACAGUGGAAGUUAUAGCAGAGCGAUAUUUAAUGGAGUUGGUUAAAAGGGGGAUGGUUCAAGGACAAUUCAAAUCGAGUGGAAAGAUAAAAACCUGUCACCUCCACGACGUGAUGCGAGAGUUAUGUAUCCCUAAGGCUAAGCAAUUUCUAAGCAUUAUUAACAUUAAGCAAGACCAUGAAACGGAGGAUCGUUCUUCUUCAAUCGGAAUGGAAGGCGAGUCAACUUGCAAAACACGAAGGCUUUCUCUUAAUAUGCAUGGGAGUGCUAAAGGAAAUAGCUUUUCGAGAGUCGAACAAAUAGGAAGGACCAUGCUCCACCUUCGAACUCUUAUGUUCUUCUAUUCUGGGGGAUCUGUUGACGGGAUGUGGGAGCAAUUUCGACCUAUUUGCAUCAACAAUAAGUUUCUCAGAGUUCUAAAGCUAGAGCACCUAAUUAAUAUGAGUGGAAAUUUACCUGAAGCAGUGGGAGACCUAGUUCAUUUAAGAUACCUAAGUUUAGCAGGAAGUAAGUUCGAGGGCCUGCCGCAAUCUAUGGCGAAACUUGUACGCAUGGAAUUCUUGGACCUGUGUAUGGGACAAAGAGUAACUGUGCCAAAUGUGUUGUGGAAGAUGAGAAGGUUGAGGCAUCUCUAUCUUCCCUACCGAUUUGCCAUCGAAGAGAAACUUUAUGGGAACCGGAAGAAGUUGCAAUUGGACACUUUAAAGAGUUUACAGACGCUGAGAAACUUCCAUUUGAAGAACUGUGACAUGAACGAUCUAGGCAAACUGACCAAUCUGCGAAAAUUGACUUUAGCCACCAUCGACCAUGCAGAUGACCAGUUGGAGAAAAUUCCAGAACUUGCUAAAUUCGAUUUGAAACAUCUUGAAUCCUUAUCUUUUGAUUUCUCAUGCUUUAAUUUUAAUAUUUCAUUGACGGAAGGUGAAUUGAGUAAAAUGUCAAACUAUCCCCAUUCCUGCAAACUGUCCAUAUUGGGAAAAAUAGAGAAGUUACCGGAACAUAAUAAUCUACCACAGCAACUGAGGAAGCUGUUCUUGUUUUACUCCGAACUGGAAGAAGAUCCGAUGCCAAUAUUGGAGAAAUUGCAUCACUUGGUUGUUCUCGUACUAUUUUAUGCUUUUAAGGGAAAGGAAAUGGUUUGCUUUGCAGGUGGCUUUCCUCAACUCAAGCGUUUAGUUCUUGAUAAUUUGAGAAAUUUGGAGGAGUGGAGGGUGGCUAAAGGAGCCAUGCCUCAUCUUUCUCGACUGGGGAUCAGCCAUUGUCCCAGAUUGAAGGCGGUACCUCGACGAGUCCACACCUAUGACAGUUCUGAAGAAGUUUAUCAUGAGUAUCGGAAGCACUGCUUCUGAGAGAGAGAUAUUGAUGACGUGGGUGGUCGUGGGUGGCCCCAGCAGUCCGGAGAGAGAGAACAAGGGGGCAUUGGCAUUGUGGGUUGUCAGAGGGAGGGUGGGCCCCACCCAGAUAACAGCGAGAUGUGGAAAUUGAAGAAAUGAUGUUGCUAGCAUAACUCUGUACGGUUAUUUUAAUUUGGUAACGGUGCAAUGCAACGGCAGCCAACACAUUUCAUUUUUACAUUGAUAGGGCAACCGGCAUUCACAAUCAUUCACUGGU